UUGUCUGGUAGCGACUAGCGCGGUCUGCGCUAAUCUCUAUGAGAAUCUUCGGAGUUACGAUUGGCUCACUUUUCGUCAAUUUAGCAAUCCAGCUGCGUUUUCGUCUCAGCUAUUAAUCAAUUCAAUUCAGAGCUUUCCUAUGCUGAAUCGCGAUCGCUCUUGACACUCAGUCGCGACCCGACUGUUCCCUCGGCAACUCGCGUUCUGUGUGUGUGUUUCGGUGUCCGAAACAAUUGGUGUUGUGCCCAAGUUCAUGACGACUCUGGUGUAAUUGGUACAAUCGACAUGUCUAAAAUCAAGACAAUGUUAAAAAUCGGCGGGGGCGCGGUGCUGUUCGCAGCUAUAGUGGCCGUGUUCGUGGUCGCUACCCAGGGCCGGGAUCCGGACUUGGAGGCUUUAGAACUAGAGGGUCGCGAGUACAUACUGCAUUUGGAUAAAAUGGCUGGCGAUAGGAAGAAUAGAGCUUCGCUGGCUGAGUGGGCCUAUACUUCGAAUAUUACCAAGGAAAACGAAGAGAAGCGGAUACAAGUCCAAUUAGAGAUAUCUCAACAAGAAAAACAGGCUUGGGAAGAGACUAAAAUGUACAGAUGGCAAGACUUCCAAGACUUCUCAUUACGAAGAAUGUUCAAAAAGUACAGUCAACUGGGAGUCGCCGCUUUACCAAAUGAUAAAUAUAAGCAGCUCAUGUUAUCCAUAUCAGGAAUGGAGUCUAAUUAUGCCACUGCUAAAAUCUGUUCCUAUAAGAAUGGUACUAAAUGCGAUUUGUCUUUGGAACCUGAUUUAACCGAAAUAUUUGCUAAAAGCCAAGACCCAGAAGAACUGAAAUAUUACUGGGUGGAAUGGCACAAGGCCGCUGGGGCUCGUGCUCGUCAAAACUUCACAGAAUACGUACAAUUGGACAAUGAAGCAGCAAAAUUGAACAAUUUCAAGGAUGUCGCUGAAUGGUGGCAAUCAGAAUAUGAAGUGCCAGAUUUCGAGCAACAGUUGGCUAAAUUGUGGGAAGAUGUGAAGCCUCUGUACCAGCAGCUUCACGCGUACGUGAGGAAGCGGCUGAGGGACAAGUAUGGAGAUGAAGUUGUGUCUGCUAAGGGUCCUAUCCCAGCGCAUCUUUUAGGAAACAUGUGGGCACAAACCUGGAACAACAUAGAAUCUUUCACUCGUCCGUACCCGGACAAGAAAGAGAUUGAUGUGACUCAAGCGAUGCAAGAACAAAACUACACAGCGCUGAAAAUGUUCCAAAUGUCUGACGAAUUCUUUAGGUCACUUAAUUUGACGGCGAUGCCCGAAAAGUUCUGGAAAAAUUCCAUUAUUGAGAAACCAACGGACAGAGAAAUUGUUUGUCAUGCUUCGGCUUGGGACUUUUAUGAUGGUGAAGAUUUUAGGAUCAAAAUGUGUUCGGUGGUCGAUAAACAGUAUUUUAAAGUUGUUCAUCACGAAAUGGGCCAUAUCCAAUAUUACUUGCAAUACAAGGACAAGCCCGUUGUGUUCAGGUCCGGUGCCAACCCAGGUUUCCAUGAAGCAGUAGGAGAUACGAUUGCUCUAUCGGUAUCAUCGCCCAAACAUUUGCGACGCGUUGGAUUGACCAGUGGAGACGCUGAAGAUGAACAGACUGAAAUUAAUCAACUUUAUAAAAUGGGUAUCGACAAAAUCGUGUUCCUACCAUUCGCGUAUACCCUCGAUUUGUUCCGCUACGGCGUGUUCCGAGGAACAACAACACCAGAGGACUAUAAUUGCCACUAUUGGCGGUUACGAGAGGAGUUGCAAGGAGUGGAGCCACCAGUUGACAGAACGGAAGAAGACUUUGAUGCUGCUGCUAAAUAUCACGUGUCUGCUGAUGUGGAGUAUGCGAGAUACUACGUGUCAUUCAUAGUCCAGUUCCAAUUCCACCGCGCGCUGUGUCAGAUAGCGGGCGAGUACGUGCCGGAGGAUCUCACCAAGAAGCUUGUGGACUGCGACAUCUACCAGAGCAUAGCUGCUGGCAACGCAUUGUCCAACAUGCUCAAAAUGGGUUCGUCCCGUCCAUGGCCAGACGCGAUGGAGGCGCUAACUGGUCAGCGUGCGAUGCGCGCGGACGGACUGCUGGAGUACUUCCGGCCGCUGCACGACUGGCUCCGCGCUGAGAACGCGCGCACCGGGGAACAUGUGGGCUGGGAACCCUCCGAGCGACAAUACUGUACUGAAGAACAAAAGGCCGCGUUAAACACAGAAUCAAAAUCGGAGGCUGCGCCGACGCAAGAGUCGUGACGAACUCAAUAAAUGUACUUAAAUUAUAGGAUAAUUUUUAGGACAUCAGUAUUGAUAAUAAAGAUUUUUUAAAAAUAA